CUAGGUCAACCCGUUGAGCGGCUCAUACUCGGCCAAAAUCGCCGUAGAGCUGCUCAGGAGAAUUGUACUACCAGCUGGCGACAACCGCGCCAGCAUUCGCUGCAGAAGAACGACGGAUAAGGCAUGGCUGCAGCAAUGAAAACCACACAAAGCAUGAAAGGCAUGCGUUACGCCGUCGCAGCGAUGGCGCUGCACGCCUGCGGCGCCUUCCAGCAGCCCCGGACAACGCGCGGCGCCGUCGCGCUGCGCGCCAAGCCGAAGGUGGUCGUGUUUGAUCUUGAUGGCUGUCUAUGGGAUCCCGAGAUGUACAUGCUGUCGUGGCGCGGCGGCGCGCCGUUUACGCCGGACGGUGACGCGAUGCUCGCGCAGUCCGGCGAACGUGUCGUGCUCCUUGGCGCGGCGAGAGACAUCCUGCGGCAGCUGCGGACGACGGACGACUGGAGCGCCACGAAGGUCGCCAUCAGCAGCCGCACGGACGAGCCCGCGUGGGCCGCCGAAUUGCUCGACAAAUUUAGAGUAGACGACAUGGUGCUCGGCUCGUGCUUCGACGCCAGGGAAAUCACGAAAGAAUCAAAAAGUUCCCACUUCCGGCGCCUCAAGGAGAAAUACGCGUGCGACUACGAAGACAUGAUGUUUUUUGACAAUGAGUACGGGAACUGCCGCGAGAUCUCCCAAUUAGGCGUCACGGUCGCGUUCUCACCAGAGGGGGUCACCGGCGACGUCUGGGCGGAGGCGCUCGCGGCCUUCCCCUCCGAAAGUAUCGUGAACGACUACUACUGAGCGGCGGCGUGGCGACGACGUCGGCGCGCCCAUUCGAGGGCACCCGGGCCGCGCGACCGCUGAAAGUCUAGCA